AAACCAUAAUGGACAAAGAAACAAACCAACACCAACAACAACAGCAUCAUCUCCCAUAAUUUGCAGCAAAAGUUAACAUUUUUUCUUCCCUAAAACAAAGAAAUGUCAGAACAUCAGAAAAUUCACCCUGUCCAUGAUGUUGAAGCACCACAGCAACCUUCAACACCAUUGGUAUCAAGGAACAUGUCAAAAUCAGAAAAUGGUGAUCCAGAAAAUGUUGCUCAUCCUCCAUUUCCUCAAAGAACCUUGCCUACGAUGCAACAAUCCAAGCCACCAAAGAAAAGAAGAAGCUGCUGCUGCAAAUUCUUCUGCUGGACAAUAAGCAUAUUGCUGAUUCUAAUUCUAGCAAUUGGUAUCACAGUUGGGAUACUAUUCCUUGCUUUCAGACCCAAAAUCCCAAAGUACUCAGUGGAUGAACUCAGAGUAACACAAUUUGAUCUCUCCAACAACAACAGCCUUUCUGUCACUUUCAAUUUGACAAUCACUGCCAGAAAUCCUAACAAGAAAAUUGGGAUUUACUACAGAGGUGGGAGUCACAUAAGUGCUUGGUACAAUGACACAAAACUAUGUGAAGGGUCUUUGCCUAAAUUCUACCAAGGUCAUAGAAACACCACAGUGCUUAGCAUUCCCCUUUCAGGGGAAACAAAUAAUGCAACGGGGCUCCAGAGUUCGUUGCAGCAACAGCUGCAACAAACCGGGAGCGUCCCGCUUCAUCUGCGGGCCAAACAGCCUGUGAGGAUUAAGCUUGGGAAGCUGAAGCUGUUCAGAAUCACAUUCAGGGUUAGGUGCAGGAUUGUGGUGGAUAGCCUUACUGAUAAUAGUUCCAUUAGGAUUAGGAGCAGUAGUUGCAAGUUCAGGUUAAGGCUUUGAAUUUGUUGAUUAUAUAGUGCAUAUACAAUAUAGAGAUAUGCUUAUUUCCUUCUUAAUUUACUAUUUUUUCUUUUGUUUUAUGGUCUCUGAUUGAGAUUUCUUUUCAGAUGGAUUUUUCUUUCCAUCAGCACUUUGAGACAGUGCUUAUACUUAUGAUUCUGUUUUUCUCA